GGGAGACAUACAUAAUCCCACACAGGUUGCCCCAAUGGCGUACAUACACCAGAGUGCGCCAUGGCCCGAAGGGGGAUACAUCUUGCUUCCCUCGGAGUUCCCUUCCCUCUUCCCGACUUCAUCUGAAGAAGGACGAGGAAAGCCUUGUCCAGUUUACAACUAACGACCUCCGAGAUGCCCGCCGUCAGCCCAACAAUGCUCGGAGCUCGGCACUCCGACGCAAACCCGGGCAGUGGCGAGGACCCUCUCCUUCCCGGGACCAGCAAUACGGUUGCGUGGACCGUAGCGGCCAUCGUGGGCGGCGUCCUCGUCCUGGGGAGCGCGCUUGCCCUGGUCGUCAUCCACUACAACCGACGCCGAGGGGCCCGAAGACGUCAAGAAGAACUCCCGUUUCUGGCAGGAUACGAGCCCUUCAAGAGGCGGAAGGUGAGCGAGGCCGGCCUGUCCCAGGAAGAGGAGGAGCGCCGGGCGCAGCUCAUCCGCAAGUCCCUGGCCGCACGGUCGGCGCGGUCGUCGCGGUCCUCCGACUCUUGGGCGAGCCGGUCGUCGUGCUCCACCAUGGCAGCGCUGGAGCAGGUGGACAGGGAGCUCGAGGAGAUGGAGCGGCGCGAGUCGACGAGGUUGAAGGACGACUGGAAGAGGUGGGAAGCCCGGAUCCGGGCGGAGCGGUCCAUGUCGUGCGGCCAACACCCCGCAGUCAGCGCGGCGGCCGACAGCGCCGCCGUGCCCAUCCUCGCCGUGCCCACGCCAUCGAGACACCCUUCGCAGGGCCGCGCGUGGUCUCAGAGCCCUCCACCGCCCGCCAGCCCGCCACCGCUACCUGCCAGACAUCCCGGCCGAGUUUUCCGAGACUGAACAGCACUCUCGGCGAGAACUGGAAGCUCGACGAAUGACGAAGACCCGAAGCUCGAUGAGGCUCCUCGCGACAACAAGACGAGGAGCCCCGUUGGCCCGGCCACUACCGAAGAAGCACCCGGAAGCAAAACUCAAAAGCGGCGUUCUGUUGGCCCUGGUCAGUCGGCACCCCAUUCGUGGACACGGCAACUUCAAAUCUGCGGCGCCUGUGACUGGGUGGGCGGCGUCAUGAUCGAAAUGACG